ACCUUUGAAAAUGUUAACCACCACCUUAUAUUAUAAAGAUGCUAUGCUUACUCCAUCGGAUUAUAGUAAUCUUUACGAUGGUCAAUGGUUGAAUGACCAAUGUGUCGAUUUUUACUUGGA